AUGAGCUUCUUCUCAAGUUUAUGGAAUAGAAAUACCCGUCAACAACCAACACCUACAAUUAAUCCUGUUAUUCAACAAAAGCAAGGACGUGAUAAUAAAGUUAUGACAAGUUGUUAUUUAGAUUUACACGAUAACGAUACUGUAAAUUUAUUAACAUUAUUAAAACCUAUGCAUCAAAUUGAUUUUUUAAUAUUAAUUAAUGUACAUCCAUCUCUGAUUAAAGAUGAAUCGGUUAUUAAAAAAAUUCAAUUAAGUCAUCCCCAUCUUCAUCCACCAUUAUGUACAUUUAAAAAAGAAAUACCAAGAACUUUAAUAUUUUCUAAGUUUAAUAUCAUUGAAACAAUUCCUUGUCCAAAAACACCAACUAUCUUUGCACGUAAAACAGAAUUUGAAUGUCAAAUUAUUAGAGUUGGAAUAGAAGAAAUUUAUCCAUCUGCAUCAAUUGGAUUUGUUGUUUUUAAUUUAGAUUCUAAAGUUAAUGAUAAAGAAAAUAUUGUUGAAGACUAUGUGCCAGUUACUCCAUUUUUUAUUAAACAAUAUGAAUUAAAUCUUAUUGGUAAAUUAGAGUCAACAAUGAAUAUUCCUAACUACCGUAGAAGUGCUGUAUUAUAUUUUGGUAAUUUUCAUGAAACUACUGUUGUUAAUGAACCUAUCACAUUAGGUACUUAUGACCAAUCUAUAUUAGGUACUAUUAUUAAUAAUCUUAUUGAACAUAAAGAAACUAUUAUUGAUGGAACUCCAAUGAUUAAACAACUUGAACAACACCAAAUCCCUGUAAAAAAAGCACUUGGUAUUAUUUAUUCUAAAUGUGAGGAAUUUAUCACUUUAAAGACAGCAAUUAUUGCUGAAGCUGUUGCAAUAUCUAUGAGCGAUUAUAUCCAUUCUUCAGUAAGACUUCUUCCCUAUAAAGAUAUUGCAAAACAAUAUAUUGAUGAGAGUGUACUUGGACUUAAUACAGCUUGUAAAUUAUGGGGAUAUUACAAUGAACAUAUUGAUAAAAAUGAACCACAGACUGCAGCAUAUUUAAAUCGUAUUAAUAAAUCAUUAUCAGAGAUGAAUCUUCCUAUUGAAAUAGAAAAUACUGAAAUUAAUUUUGCAAUGUUUCUUACUGCAAUACAAAGAUGGUUACAUUUAACAAUGAAAUCUCCAAUUCUUAUUUCAUUACUUAGUGGUAAAGAAUUAAGAGAUAUAACAGCAAAUGAUUUCUUGUUUACAACAGAAGUUUGUUUUCCAAACUUCUCUUCUUCUAAAUUAAAAGAGAGUCAAAGAAUUAAUGGUAACUUACUUGGUUUAUGUUAUGGUAAUUUCUUAGACCAUAUGGGUAGUCUUGUAGAGUCUAAUACUGAUUGUGCCCUUACUAUCCAAAAAGAUCUUCAUAUUCUUAAUAUGACUAAUUUUCAAAGUAGUGACUAUACUUCUAAAUCACCAUUUGCUUCUGUUCAAUGUUUACAAUAUUCUUUAAUUCCUCAAUCACUUCAAUUACCUCCUUCAGUAGAUGGAUUAUUUAUUCGUUUUGCGAUUUAUCCUCAAAUCCAAUAA